GUGUGUGUGUGUGUGUGUGUGUGUGUGUGUGUGUGUGUGUGUGUGUGUGUGUGUGUGUGUGUGUGGAGUUUGUUUCUCUCCUCUUCCCCUCCCCCAUCAAUUACUGUGCUGUGGAGACUCCGAGGCCAAAGACAUGAAUGCAGUGAAUGUGGGGCUCACUUCAAAGCGCCUGGGAGCAGGGAGGGGAGCGCAGGGAGUGCUGUAAUGUCGUCGGGGAAAAGAGCAACAAAGUAUCGGGAGUCUUUUAAGGAAAGAAAAAUAAUAAACCACCGGACGCGCUGUCCGUCUGUAUCACACUCGCUCUGGAUCUGGAGUCGUCUGAGAUGCGUUUUUACAUUUAAAUUAACGCGAGAUUAACCGCGUCGCGUCCACUUUCUGACUUACUUACCGACUUGCACGCGAAAACACAAUCCAAAAAAGACUCGUAUCAAGUUAACGAGCUAGCGAGCUAGCCAGCCUUGUUAGCUGGUUAGCCACAUUAGCAACCCCGGCUAACAGCUCGAAUGCUUGUUCUACUAGUCCGAGAGAGAAAAAGGCAGCGGUUUGGAUCAUUUUUGUGUUUCUUCUAUUUUUCGUUAACCCGCUUUGACCAAAAUAACAUCAACUAAAAUGUUAACAAGUCCUAUAAAGUGAAGAUGACAUGAGAAUGAAGCUAGCUUGUUGUGUUUGUGGCUAACUUAGCUAGCAGGCUGGCUAGUUUAGCACCUGAAUUCAAACACUUAUUGUUUGAACAGUUAUAAUCUACUUCGGUCGAGAAAGGUGUUUAACUGUUUAUCUUUAAUUUAUAUACGUAUAUAAAUACCAUACAGUGCAAAUUAAGUCUCUUUUUGUUGGCAUUUUGGUGCUGGUAAUGCAAGGCUAGUUUAUUUGCAUCUUAUUGUUUGUUUGUGUUUGUUGUUGUUUUUAUGCUCUGAUUCUAUGACACAGAGUGUUCUGUUUUUGUGAGGAGGAGAGAGAGGAGGAUUAUAUGAAGCUUUUCUCACUUUGCUAAUAGUGGUGUAGUAGUUUGAAGGUAGGACUUGAAAGGAAAGUAUAGUGGUUGUAUAUCAGAUAGAGUUGAGCUCUUUGAACCCCUGCUUCGUAGAUCAGAUACGAUCAGAUAUAACCAUCUUAAGGUGUCUGAAGACUUCAAAUAGUCCUUUCUGCAAAGCAAGGAGCAGUCACAGUUAGACCGGUUUACGUCAAGGUGCUUUAGGAGUGAAGAUUCUCUCUAUCUAAUCUUCCUUAGGUGCAGUUUUGUUAUAAAAACAACACGGUUUUAAGGCUCAUUUGUUAAACGAUUACAUUUGCAAACAAAAUCUAGCCUGCUGCUUAAGCAUUUUCGUAUUCUGAUCGGUCUGGAUGUUGCCACAUUACACAAAAAAGGUGAUCCCUGCGUACGGGCUACAGGAGACGAGACGCAGAACUCAAGGAGGAAUUAUUUCACAGUGGCAUUAGAGGAAAUCUGGAUCUGAUUGUUCCAGAGCGUGGUCUGAGCUGGGAACGGGUGCAUGGACGUAGUAAGGAUGAGUGUGAAAGAGAAGUCGUACCUGGCGGACCUUGGGGGCAGCUUCACUGAGGAUGCGCCCCGUCCCCCUGUCCCGGGUGAGGAGGGUGAGCUGGUGUCUGGUGACGUGCGCCCGUACGGCUUGGGCAUCUACUCCAUCAAGAGUGAGAGCCUCAGGUGUGAGGCCUCCAUAGCCACGCCGAGACGGCCCGACCUGGACCUGGGCUACGAGCCUGAGGGCAGCGCCUCACCCACGCCGCCCUAUCUGAAAUGGGCAGAGUCGCUGCAUUCGCUGCUGGAUGACCAGGAUGGAAUCCAAUUGUUUCGCACCUUCCUCAAGCAGGAGGAAUGUGCCGACGUGCUUGAUUUCUGGUUUGCCUGCAGCGGCUUCCGUAAGCAGGACACCGGCGAGGGGAACGAGGAGAAGAAGCUGAAGCUGGCGAAGGCCAUCUACAAGAAGUACAUCCUGGACAGCAAUGGCAUUGUGUCCCGCCAGAUCAAGCCAGCCACAAAGAGCUUCAUCAAGGACUGUGUGAUGAAGCUGCACAUUGACCCGGCCAUGUUCGACCAGGCCCAGACAGAAAUUCAGGCCGUGAUGGAGGAGAACACGUACCCUCUGUUUCUCAAAUCUGACAUUUAUUUGGAAUACACCAGGACAGGUGGCGAGAGCCCCAAGCUGUACAGUGAUCAGAGCUCUGUGUCAGGGAACGGGAAGGUGCUGCCCGGCUACUUGCCCACGCUGAACGAAGACGAAGAGUGGAGGUGCGAGCAAGAGACAGAGGAAAACGGUGAGAGCGACCCAACACCCAGCAAUCGGCUCACCCAGAAGCUCCUCUUGGAGACGGCGCCGCAACGGGCAGCUAACAGCAAGAGAUACCAGGACAGUCGUGAGUACAGACACGGUCCGUGGAGGGAGCCGUUUAAUCCGUACUACGUCAACACCGGCUACGCUUUGGCACCCGCCACCAGUGCCAAUGACAGUGAGCAGCAGAGCAUGUCCAGUGAUGCAGACACCCUCUCCCUAACAGACAGCAGCGUAGAUGGAGUCCCUCCCUAUAGAUACCGUAAACAGUCUCGACGUGAGAUGCACGAAAGUGCCAAAGCUAACGGGCGAGUGCCACUACCUCAUAUUCCUCGCACAAACCGGAUGCCAAAGGAUAUCCACGUGGAGCCUGAGAAGUUUGCGGCAGAGCUGAUUUGCCGGCUGGAGGCAGUCCUGAGGGAGCGCGAGGCCCAAGAGAAACUAGAAGAGCGCCUCAAGAGGGUGCGGCUGGAAGAAGAAGGAGACGACGCAGACGUGUCCACGGCACCAUCUCUGGCUAGCCACAGGCUGCCCCCUGCUGUGCAUGUACAGCACUACACAGCACGCUAUUCAGACACGGCCUACAGUGGGUUGGGGCUGCGUGAUGCACACGAGGAGAAUCCCGAGAGCAUCCUAGACGAACACGUACAGCGCGUCAUGAAGACGCCCGGCUGCCAGUCACCCAAGUCUCGGUCACCCGAUGGCCUUCCUGCGACCAAGAUGCCUGGACAUAUUGCCCUGCAGUCCAGUGGCCAAGGAAAACACCAAGCGAGGCUGGGACCCAAGGGUGAGCCUGGACAGACUUACCACCACAAACACACACAUCACACGCACCACGCUGAGGGAGAAGGCAUGAGGCCAUGGAACAUGGAGCAGCACCAUUAUGGCUCCAAGACCAGGAAUUACUCUGAUGGCACCAACUCUUUGGAACCCGUUGGAUAUAGCAGUAAAGGUGCCACACUGUCGAAGCGGCCGUACAAGAAAGGUGAGGACACACGGAACUUUGAGAUGAGAGAAACGGCUCCAGACGAGCUGGACAGAAACCAGAAAAUCCUGCAGUGGAUGAUGGAGGGAGAGAAGAGCCACAAGAAGAGCCCCUAUGGGAGCCUCUCCAGCUCUAAGAAGGCGCAAGGUCACGAGUCGGGAAGGCCGAGCUCGGUAGAGAGGCCGGGGGCUGUGCACCCAUGGGUGAGUGCGCAGCUACGCAACAACGUGCUGCCCUCACAUCCCUUCAUCCAGGAUCCCACCAUGCCCCCGAACCCUGCACCCAACCCUCUCACACAGCUGGAAGAGGCACGCAGACGACUUGAGGAGGAAAGGAAAAAGUCUGGAACCCUGCAGACCAAGCAGAGGUAUGUGAUGGAGGUGAUCCAGAGGGGACGCACUGUGGUCCGGCCCGCCGGUUUUCCCACACUCAACUUGGUGCCCGCAGUGUCCGACACGGAGCUCUCCCAGGCCCAACACAAAGGCAUGAAAAAGCAGCAGUGUGAGAACAUUACUGUGGCGUAUUACUUCUGUGGCGAGCCCAUCCCCUACAGGACCUCAGUCAAAGGAAGGAUCGUCACGCUGGGACAGUUCAAGGAGCUGCUUACCAAGAAAGGGAGUUAUAGAUAUUAUUUCAAGAAAGUGAGCGAUGAGUUUGACUGUGGUGUGGUGUUCGAGGAGAUCCGCGAGGACGACGCUAUCCUGCCCAUCUUCGAGGAGAAGAUCAUCGGUAAAGUGGAGAAGAUCGACUGAAGAUCCGGGAGGAGGAGGCACGGAGGAUAUCGUGGCCUUUUAGGAGGAGCUACUUAGCAGCCAUUAGGGAAAGGAGCUAACAGGAGGUGCUGGUAGAUGGUACAGAGUAUGUGUGGGGGGUGGGAGAGGGAUUAGGGUUGAGGGACAAGUGGAAGAAAGUGAGUAGGGGUGAGUGGGAGCCCUGUGGGAUGUUACGCUAUUGACUCAAAGGAUUCUGUCACUGCAUUAGAACCUUCUGGGGUUCCCCACAGGUGCCCUGUGCUACAUGGUAUGCAGCCUUCGGACUUCCGGACAAGGCAGAACUCUCUCACCCUUUGGGUGUAUUUGAAAUGUAAUGUAGCAGUGUAAAGUUUGGCUAGAAAAAAAUACUUGCUAAGAAAUAUGUUUACUAAAGCUGCAUAUUUUUGAUAUGACAUAUCAGAAGGAAGGUAUCCUUUCUAAUGUAACAUCUCUUGUAAUUUUAUAUGUACUGGUACCACGUGUACAGUCUGUUUAAAACAACAAAAAAGAAAAAAAAAAGGUUUUAUAACUAUUUAAAUAUUUAAAAGGAAUAAACCUAUUGGUAUGAUCUUAACGUUUCGGCAGAUCCAGUUGGAGACAGUUCACAAUGCCCUUUUUCAUGCAGGUGGCUGGAUGAAAACCAGGAACCAUAGUCCAUGCUCUAUUAAGUGCUUAUAACUUUUAAACCCGACCAUAAACCUUCUCCACUCCGAGUUGCACCAGGUCACGCUGCACUUUCUCUCCAGUAAUCGGGGGGGGAGAGGACGGUAGCUUACUUAAAAGAUCAUGCCUUUACGUUGAGGGGUCAGCAGGGAGGACGCCGUGUCAGACCCAGGCUUUUUAUGCGAGUAAUUCAUUGUUGUUGUUGUUGUUGUUGUUUUUUUUAUUAUUAUUAUUUACCUACAGCUGCUUCCUAUACAAAAAAAAUUCAAAUGCACCAAAACACUCCCAUCAUCCUCUAUAGUGUGGACUAGUGUGGGGACCGGCCUGAAGAAAAACGUCUGUCAGCAUUAGAUGUAUUAAGAGAGUAUAAUUUACCUUAUGGAAAAUAGCACAUCUGCAAUUUGUAAAAGAAUUAUUUUUAUACAAACUAUAUAUCCAUAAUCAAAACAGGAGGAUUUUACUGUCCAAGCGCCUGCUAUUUUUCAUAUUCCGAGUGUGGCGGAUCUCCGGGGGGGGCAUCAGUAAGUGAAUGUGUGUGGCUGUGUGGAGCGCCGCUGUGUACCACAUACCACUAGCCUAUACAACGAUCAUGUUUACACUUACCUUAAUGUAUUACAAAAUGAUAAGUAACGGUCUGUAGCCUUUUAGCUCCACAUGGCUGAAUUUGGUGCCUGUCAGGAAUUUUUUCAUUAUUAUUGUUAGCAUAAAAUUCUAGAUCACAUUACACCAAAGAACAGUAUACUGUAGGAAUUACAAAAUGUGGUGUUCAUUUCCAUCCGGGUUUUUUUUUAUUUUUUUUAGUUUUCCUUUCUUAAUUUCGUUUACAUUUCUAUCCAUUUGACCUAAAUUUCACCGAUUUAACCCAAAAACUUCAUAUCACAAGAUGGAGCUCUUGCACAGUAGGUGUAUUUUUAUGGGAUGACGUGCGGGAUGACUGUUGUUUUAGCGUUUGCCGCUGAGAAGAGGCAGACGCUGAAUGGUGCUGUAAGUCUCUAUGCGUAAUAUCCUGGUGUCCCGUAACGAGGAUCUCGUCUUCCUGUUUAAACGUUGAACAUUUUACCAUCCCUGUCUCUAUUGUUCUUUUUUUUUUUUUUUUGGCCUUACUCCUGCCCAUCAAAACUCUAUUAUUCCUUAAUUAGCUUGAACUAAAUGGGUACUUUGCUACUUUGGAACCUUUUUUUUUCUUUUGAAGUUUUUUUUUAUUUUUUUUAUCUGACUCAUUGUAAUUACAGUGUAAUUGUCGUCAUGCUUGGGCUUUUUCAGUGGGCAUGUAAAAAGGUUCAUAAUUACUGUGAAAAGCCUGAAAGUGAGCGUCUCUCACUUAAGACGGAUUAACUAUGUAUAUAGUACAUUACAGAGUGCCUUGAUGAGCAUGCUCACGCUCUGCAGUGCAGUCUCAUCCCUUAUGCUCUUUCUGAUGCAUACCGGUGAAUAGAAUCAUCGCUUUUUAUUUCUAGCAUUAUUUUAUUUGAUUUUAUUUUUUGCUCUGUACAUGAACCUGUAUUCAUGUGAAGUGUUGUCACACAUUGAAUAAGCCUUUUCUAUGUAAAUAUGUAUAUUUUCUGUGUUUUCAGCCAGCAACCUGAUUUGGAUAUUUAGUGCCCUGGUUCUGCUUAAGUGUGCUGAGUUGUACAGUUAUCAUUUUAUGGUACUUCGGACAAUAAAGACAUGUAAUAAAACAUAAUAUUAAUUUCUUCA